AUGCCCAUAACCGUAACCCGCCUAACAGAACCCGACAUCCCCGGCGUAAUAACCUGCAUCCAAACCGCCUUCGCCCAAGACCCCUACAACAACUGGGUCUUCGACGCCGCCACCUUCUCCCCUACCCGCAACGCCGUCUCCCUUACCCUGCGCUGCAAAUGGGGCAUGCAGCACGCCCUCUUCUUCGUAGCAAAAGACCCCUCCUCCAGCACCCCAGACCAAGUCCUCGGCGUAGCGUGCUGGCUCGCACCCCGGGAUCCCUCCGCCCCGCAAACGUGGAGCGAGUGGGCGGGCGAUUGGUGGCUGUGGUUUUCCCAAGUGCGCAUGAAUCUGUGGUAUGGGCGCGGAGGGCUUAAUGUGCGGCGGUAUUGGAUUUGGAAAGCUGCGCAGGCGCAGGCGCAGGCGGAGUUGUGGGAUGAUGGGAAGGGGUAUUAUUUUUGUAAUAUUGUGACUGUGUUGCCUGAGGCGCAGGGGAAGGGGAUUGGGAAGGUGUUGUUCAAGCAUGUGACGGAUUUGGCGGAUGAGGAGGGCAGGAAGUGUUAUUUGGAGAGUAGUCGGGCGGAGCCGAAUAUGGCUAUUUAUGAAAGGAUGGGGUUUGAGUUGCGGAGGGAGAUGGUUUGUGAUGAUGAAGGGGAGGCGAUUACGUUGUAUUGUAUGAUGAGGGAGCCGAAGGCGGUGGGGAGUUGA